CAAGAAAAAAGUUGAGCUCAUCUCUCCCAAACCCUCUGAUGUUAAGAAAACCACCACUACGACGACGACAGCAACAACUUCCGUUGUAGCGAAGAUAACCACCGAGGUCAAAAAGGUACACAUUCAUUGCGCAAAGUGUGACAAACAUCUUCAGGAGAAACUCUUGAAGCACAAAGGUAAUAUCGGAAGUCACACAUCUAACUUGGUUAAUUUGGCACCUAUUCACAUCGUGAAAACGGAUACAAAGGCGCAAACGCUAAC